AAUCUGUUUAUAAAUGAGAGGUUUUAGGCUAGAAACAUCAAAGAAACAUUUGCAGCAAUUAUUUUAAGCGUUAUAUAUAUCGGCGAAGWGAAUAACCAGUUAUCAUGAAUUUAUAAAAUAAUCURGGUCAAUCAGCGGUAAGCUCGACCAUUACUGCAUAACAAAGAAGCGUUCGGGGUCAACGAUUACGCGGUAAAUUAUUUUUAGCGUUCAACAGMAACAGACAUAAAAGCGAGAACCAGAGCACACCAAGCCACUCAGUACCGGACAACCGAUUCAAGAAUAACAAGCAUAACAGAUUGCUGCACUGCUCUUGGUUAUAUGUAAGGAUACAGUGGAGCAAUGGAUCUGAGUUCACAGCACUUCCAACCAGACGUUUCCCUCAAGAUCCUUAUUACUUUCGGAGAKGUCAUUUUACACUGUAUCCUUUUGGCAAUGGCGUUCCAGGCAACAACUUCGCUUGCACUGCAGUUAUCAAAAGAUACCUUGUCUUGUGUAGCUGUAAAUUGCMUGUCGAAUGACAGCGAAACCAACAAGACUUGUGAACUCCUCAAAAACCCUCAACUAACUGAAUUUCUAAACUCAGAAUGCUUGCAUUCUUAUGAAACAUUCUUCAUGUUUUUUGAAGCCGCAUCUUUGCUGUUUGUUUACAAUCUCUGUCUGGUCUUCAAUCCUCGAUGUUCCCAAACUUUGCAACAAUUUGUUAAAGUUGUGAAAGAAUGCUAUGAAUCUAUUGGAACACCAGAACAGAUCUCCAAGGUGUUAAAAUCCCCGGAUGAAAGUCCAGCAGAUAACGAACACCCGCCUAACGCCAACGGUAAUGAAAACGACGACGUGGAAAAUGACUUCAAAAGAAAAGUCAAAACUAUUUAUCAUAAAGUGAGGAGAUUUGGCGAUUUGCAAAUUGAUAAAACAUAUAUGAGGUGGAUGUAUUUUAUACGAGCUUAUUCAUUAGUUAUCUUAAGUAUUGUUUUUGCACUCACAAAUUUCAUAUUGUCACUUUCAUUCACUUCACCGUUUAAAUGUAAUAUUAACAAUGAYGUCAGUCCCGCAUUACCUAUUGCUUAUGAUGACAUUGUGUGCUCUAGGCAUAUGGCAUUUUACUUUGAGUUCACGUCAUWUAUUUUUAUAUUUCUUCUUYUUGCUGCUGGAMWUGCUACUKUUUAUUCCCAAUUUUAUAUUMYUUUUAUGCRAUUAAAAWUUCWACGUAWAUUUCAGAUARAWGUUCAUAAAUGUUGCGGUYACGGCGACCUUGCUUUUCUUUGUCAUCUGUUAAAGAACUACAGUUAUCCAGAGUACGAAAGGUUUAUUCUCUUCUAUUCCAAGGGAGAAGUACUAAGCUGCCCARAAAGUCCAAGAGAGAGUCGAAGACAUUCAUAUCUCUCUUUGGUAUGA